CUAUCUGCUUGUCUCUUCAGAUUCGUUUUAUUUUUCAAUCGUUUCAAUUUCUAAAAAUUCUCCUCUUUCUCAACGCAAUCACCAAAUCCAAAUUUAGGGGUUUUUUUUUUCUCAUUCUUCGAUCGAUCUCUGGAAACUUGUUGAAUCGCGAAGAUGGCAUCAAACGGAUUCUUCUCUGCUCAAAGAAACGCACACCGUAACGCAAACGCUGGAACAACGUUGAAGAGACGAAUCGACAACAAUCGCGGUUACGGAAUCGGAGAUUUACAAGAGGAAAGGAACCGUUACGUGCCGCCGCAAAAACGUUUCAGAUCGCAAACGCAACCGCAAACGAAUUUCCGAUCUGGUCAUAUUCCUCUGUAUCAUCAUCAUGGUAGAAAUAAUAAUAACAUGUCUAGGGUUUCUUCUCAAUCAUAUAACAAUUACGGUGUUGAUGUGAUUGCUUCUAAUUCAAGUUUUCCAUUACGUAACAAUGAUUCUAACAUCAACAAUUAUCAGAAACCCUUUAUUGUUGGUUAUGGAAACCCUAAUCCCCAAAUUGUUCCUCUUCCAUUACCUUAUCGUAAGCUUGAUGAUGAUGAUUCGUUGCCUGAAUGGGUUCCGAAUUCAAGAACCCUAACUCCGAAUUUUGUACCAAACACUUAUGUUCAAAAUCCGAUGAAUCAUUCGAACAUGGUUUCAGUUGUGUCACAAACGAUGUCUCAUCAUCAACCAAUUGUUUUGAGCAAAGAAUUGUCUGAUUUACUUAGCGUUCUUAGGAAUGAGAAAGAGAAGGAAACUUCAGAAGCAAGUAAAAGUGAUUCAUUGCCCGUUGGAUUAAGCUUUGAUAAUCCAUCGUCGUUGAAUGUGCGACAUGAAUCUGUGAUUAAGUCUCUGUAUUCGGAUAUGCCGAGGCAAUGUUCGUCGUGCGGGGUUAGGUUUAAAUGUCAAGAGGAACAUAGCAAGCAUAUGGAUUGGCAUGUAAGGAAGAACAGGAUGGCUAAAACCACUAUGAGAUUGGGCCAGCAACCGCAGAAAUCGCGGGGAUGGUUGGUAAGCGCAUCUUUGUGGCUUAGUGCAGCAACUGGAGAAGGGACUGUAGAAGCGGCUAAACCAUCUUUCGGAGGAGAAACGCAGAAGAAGAAGGAAGAGGAGAAAGAACAACAACAGAUAGUGCCUGCGGAUGAAAAUCAGAAGAAUUGCGCGUUAUGCGAAGAGCCGUUUGAAGAGUUCUUUAGCCAUGAAGCUGAUGAUUGGAUGUACAAAGAUGCAGUCUACUUAACCAAGAACGGUCGUAUAGUUCACGCUAAGUGUAUGCCUGCACCCCGACCUGCAAAUGAUACGAGAGAGCCGUCUAGGGUAAUGUCUGUUACAGUUCCAUCGGUUGCGAAAGCAAUAGUGUGUUGAUUGAGAUUUACAGUAGUCUUUUAUAUCUCUGUUUUAAUCAUUCGUUUAUUAAGUAAUGUACAUACAUGAAUCGAGUUGUAACACAAAUUCAGUUAUAUAAAAUACUUCAUUUGAAUCUCCU